GGGCGGGGGGAGGAGGGGACCGGGGUGCUCCUGCAGGACUCUCCGCCCUCUGCGGGGCACGGGAGCCGAGCAGCCCGGGGAGCGGCUGGCGAGCGGCCCGUCCCCUCAUCGCCGCCGGGGGUCGCCCCUCGCAGCGAGGGACUGGCCCCCGCCGUAGGGGAGGGGUGGCGCACCUGUCCGGCGUGGGGGAGGGGCGCGGGCCCCGCCGGACCUCGGCCCUCCGCUCGCCCCCGUGGCGACAGGGCCUCCCUCUCUCCCCCCCCACCCCGUUCCGCGAUCCGGCCGGGGUCCAGCGGGUGCCCCCCGCGGGCAGCCGGGCCUGGCAGCUCUGGUCUUCGUCCCCGUGGGUCGCUCGGGGCCCGCCCCCCCCGGCUGCGGGACGAAAGGGGACAGUGGGGGAACGGGCCGGGAUGUUCCCCAGCUAUUCCGGUGCUUGUGUGCCUUGGUCCGAGCUACUCUGCUUUCACUGUGCUUGUCUUGUUCCUUCACGGCAGAAGAUGAGGCUCCUGUACGGAGCGCCUUCUGCCACGCUGCUUGCUGCCAGGAGUACUAGAGGACAGCUUUUAAGUUCUCUUUUUAGCCAAUCCAGUAUCCUCAUUAUUUUUUAAUAUAUUCAAUAGAUUUGUAAUUAUGAUGGGGGGGGAGAACUGUACAUAGUUUAGUUUCUUCUCCCAUCAUUAGUGUCUGAGUGCUUUCCCAGUAGGCAAAAAUAGAUAGAAACCUGUACUCAUUUGCCCUUGUAGCCCAAAGAAGAAACAUCACUUGGGUAUUCCUGAAAUAAUUUCUAACCUACCUGUGUUCAUCAAGAUAUUUCUCAUAAUCAGAAAUGUAACAUCUUGACAGACAGGAAAAGCAGGGGUUUCUUGGUGACAGGUUGUUUGUAUAUGGUUGCUUUUCAUCAACAGUUUGGAUAAUUCCACUGUCUUGCAGGCUGGGAAUUCAGCUUCCUUGUCUCCUGCAUGCUCCAUGUGAUUUUUCAGUUGAACCCAUAAGUUUCCAGGACAAACAAUUCAAUUUUACAUUGAAAAGGAGCUGUUGCAAAGAAAAUGUGGUUAAAUUGAAUACUUGCAUAACACAGCUUCUUGCAGAAGGACCACCACACUGUUUAACACUUAGGAAAAUAUGAGAAUAAGCAGGGAGCGCCCUUCUCUUUGAACUAAAAAAAAAAAUCUGUGCCUUGCUGAGGACAGCGACAGGAAUCGGACACUUGAAUCAAUGUUAUCGGAUGAGUUAGAAUCCAAACCUGAGCUGCUGGUUCAAUUUGUCCAGAAUACUUCUAUUCCACUGGGGCAAGGGCUGGUGGAGUCAGAACCAAAAGACAUCACCUGUCUUUCUCUCCUUCCUGUUACUGAGACCUCAGAAUGCAACAGACUCAUGUUGCCAGAUGAUGAAAGAGAUCUCACUUCUCCAAGUCACACUAAUUCUUCCAAAGAUGUUUCUUCAUCUGCUGUCUUGAGAAGUCUACAGGUAAAUGUGGGCCCUGAUGGAGAGGAAACAAGGGCACAGAAUGUACAGAAACCAUCUGAACUUCUGUCAACACCAGAGACUUCCAGUUUAUUGCAAGACCUCCAGCCCAGUGAUAGCACUUCAUUUAUUCUCCUCAACCUAACAAGAGCAGGGCUGGGGUCUCCAGCAGAGCACUUGGUCUUUGUUCAAGAUGAAGCAGAAGAUUCUGGGAAUGACUUUCUCUCUCAUGAUAGCACAGACAGCAGUACCCCAUGGUUCCUACGAGUCCAAGAAUUGGCCCAUGACAGUUUAAUUGCUGCCACUCGUGCACAGCUCGCUAAGAAUGCCAAAGCAAGCAAUAAUGGUGAAAAUGUUCAUCUUUGCUCAGGAGAUGGGCAGCCGAAAGACUCUAGCCCCAUUCCUCAUUUAUCUCGUGUGGAAAGGAAGCUGAAGUGCACAGUUGAGGGCUGCGAUCGGACAUUUGUGUGGCCAGCUCACUUCAAGUAUCAUCUGAAAACACACCGGAACGACCGCUCCUUCACCUGCCCAGCAGAAGGCUGUGGAAAAAGUUUCUACGUCUUGCAGAGGCUGAAGGUGCACAUGAGAACUCACAAUGGUGAAAAACCCUUUGUGUGCACGGAGCUGGGCUGUGGGAAGCAGUUCACAACAGCUGGAAAUCUGAAGAACCAUCUACGAAUUCACACUGGGGAAAAACCCUUUCUGUGUGAGGCACAGGGAUGUGGUCGCUCCUUUGCCGAAUACUCCAGCCUUCGGAAACAUUUGGUUGUCCACUCAGGAGUGAAGCCCCAUCAGUGCCAAAUAUGUGGGAAGACAUUUUCCCAGAGUGGUAGCAGAAAUGUGCAUAUGAGGAAACACCACUCCCGAAUUGGAACAUCUGGCAGCAGAGAGCGAGAACAGCCAGAGUCACUGAUGGGCAGCAGUUUGCUGGAAGAAUCUACAGUGCAUAGUAAGAAUCUCAUCUCCAUGAACUCUCAGCCCAGCCUUGGCGUUGAGUCUCUGCACCUGCCAGACACUGAGUCUAUUAUUGGAGUAGAGGAGGGUGAGACCAGCUGCUCUUUUUUCCGCCCUCUUAUAUGUGGUGACUGAAGUGGGAUCGAUCAUUUCUCCUAGAGGCUCACCAUGUUGCAGUGGGAUGAGUGAACGUUGCUUUAACUGUGCACAGAGCAGGUGGGUAGAUGGAGAAUGGGGCCAACUGGAGUUGGAGAAGACCUACUGGACCAAGUUUCUCUCCUGCAGAACUUAAAAGAUGAAGUCUGCUGCUUAGGUGUCAUUUAGCCCAUGUUGUGGAACGCCAUUUCAAAACUGUUUAUGCAGUCCAUUCUCCUAAAGCCUAAAGCGUUUGUUUUGCUGGAGCACCUAGGAGCCCCAGUUAAGGACCAUCAUUGUGCUAGGCACUGUACAGACAUUCAGUAUCUUGAGCAACAGGCCUUCCUCCCAUCCUUUACCUUCAGAGACUAUAUUCUAAUACAUCUCACUGUCAGAAGCUGACUUACUAUCUGAAAUAAAUGUACUACUUGAUAUCAUUUAAUUACAUUUGACGUGUUCUUUUCCUGUCUUC